GCGUCACCUGGGGCCCCUGGGGGGUAUUAUAAAGCCCCUGUCUGGCCCUCUCCCCUCCGUCAGAGAGGCUAAACGGUCCAGCGGACACUCUGUCUGUCCCAGUCUCUACUUUAGAAACCCCCCUUUAACAUUGAUGCCCACCUCCUCUUGACAUCCCAUCCCACCUGAGAUCUCCACCCACACUCCCACAUUAUAUCACACCUAUGUCUUUGCGACAGGUGGAGAGAGGUGGCAAGCAAACGCAGCUGAGUUGACUUUACCAACACUGUUCACAGCUUGGUCCUUUCAGUGGAUUUGUCUGUUGACGUCCUGAAAUCCUGUUUUGUCUUUUAACUGACUCUCUGAGAGUUUUGGUCAGCUGAGUAAGUUGACUACAAAAGGGAGAUCUUUUUUUUAAAUUGUUUUUGGCAUUCGAAGACGACUGAAAAGGUAAACCAUUACCUUUUCUAGACCCCGAAUUAUUUUUAAAGAAUCUUCUUCAUCUGGUGGAGAGCUUCAAGUGAACAGUCACCAUGUGGGAGUUCCGGUCCAUGAAUUUCUGGCGGGCGGUCUUCGCAGAGUUCUUCGGGACCAUGUUCUUUGUAUUUUUUGGCAUGGGUGCUGCCCUGCGCUGGACCACCGGGCCUCAUCAUGUCCUUCACGUGGCCCUGUGCUUUGGGCUGGCAGCUGCCACUCUCAUCCAGUCAAUUGGCCACAUCAGCGGUGGCCACAUUAACCCUGCCGUCACCUUUGCCUACCUUAUUGGCUCUCAGUUGUCUCUUUUCCGGGCCAUUUUCUACAUAGCCGCACAGUGCCUGGGUGCUGUAGCUGGGGCUGCUGUGCUGUAUGGGGUCACACCUGGCAACAUGAGAGGCAACAUGGCAUUGAACAUGCUGCAGCCAGGCAUUAGUCUGGGAAUGGCCACCACUGUGGAGGUUUUCCUCACUAUGCAGCUUGUGGUGUGCAUCUUUGCCGUGACUGAUGAGAGAAGAAACGGACGUUUGGGAUCUGCUGCCCUAUCCAUCGGCUUCUCUGUCACCAUCGGACAUCUCAUGGGGAUGUACUACACCGGUGCUGGAAUGAACCCUGCCAGGUCCUUUGCCCCUGCUGUGCUCUUCAGGAACUUCAUUAACCACUGGGUGUACUGGGUCGGGCCUAUGAUAGGAGGUGCAAUGGGCGCUCUCCUGUACGAUUUCAUGCUGUUCCCCCGCAUGAGAGGUCUGUCCGAGCGCCUAGCCACACUGAAGGGCAGCCGGCCCCCAGAGAGCGAGAACCAGCAGGAACCCCGCGGGGAGGCCAUUGAGAUCAAGACGCAAGCCCUAUAAACCUGCCCCUGCCCCCUUCUCCGACUGGGGCAGAGGGAUGAGGGAAAAAGGCCCUGAUCUACGCCAACCCCACCUCUACUACCCCCCUACGUUGUCACACAUCAUUGCACAAGACUAACCCAAAUACACACAUCUAGACUAACACAUUUCACACAUGAUAUGAUUUUAUCCAGUGCAAUUGUAAAAAACGCAAGAGACACACACACACACACACACACACACACACACACACACACACACACACAAACAGGUUCACAACCUUCAACCUCAACACACAACAAGACUCCUCUACUCCUGAGUCCUAACUCUGUAUUCUGAACUGGACAUUGUGUUUUUGAUAAAUGGUGACCAGAGCCUGCACCAUCAGCCGCCUGUAGUCUCCCUCAGCCCACCUGAUUCCUCCUCUCAGCCAGGCCUUCAUCUCAUCUCAGAGGAGCAUGGAAACCCUGAAACUGAGCAGGGAUGUUUAGGAAGGCAGGUGUUGGAAAGAGUGGGAGAGGGAGACCAAGGGCAGGUUAAGGGUGAGGCGGGGGUGUAGGUAGGUUAUGAGAAGGGCAAUAGAGCAUGGGGCAGGUGAUGGAGUGGGGUUUGGGCAAAGAGGGCAACACUCUGGGUUUGUGGUCGUUUCAAGUUGGGUUAGGCCAGUGAAGAUGGCCAUGCUUUUAAUUAUUCAUCUGAAUUUUUCUCCAUUUUAGUUUUUUUUUAGGUUUAUUUUGUUUUCUGCACUUCAGACACAAGACGUGGAUGUAUGGUACCAUUAGAUUUUACCAGGGUUUCACUAUUUUCAAUCACUACAUUUUAUCUGUGGGUUUGUGUUUGUGUGUGUGUGAAUACCUCUUCAGCAUGUAUGUGUGUCUGUGUGUGUAUGUGUGUGUGUGUGUGUGAGAGAGAGUGAGCGUGUGCAUGUGUGCGCCUGCCUGUGUGUGUAUGAGUGUGUUUGCAAGCGAGUGUGUUCAUGUGUGUAUUUGAUCAAGUUUGCAAAUACAGUACUUAUAUUUUGUUUUAUUUUUUGUCUUUACCGCUCUUCCGUAAUGUGUUCAUUUUGUCAUCAAUUUUUAAGACAUGAUCAUUUCUCCUCCCCUCACUGUGGUAUUUGCUAUGAUAUUCAUUUUUACAUAAACCAUCUGCUUUUUUGUUCUGAACCUGCGCAAUCCAAAGGAAAUGUUGUAUCCCACAUUUUGAUAGUAGGUCUGUUCACUGCAGAUCAGCUGUGCAAGCUUUCCAUUGAGUCUCCUUUUAUUUUUUGAUCCUUACUGGGAGCACAAGGUGUUUCAAUAAACAUUUCAAUGGCAAUAAACAUAAAAAGGUGA